GAGAGAGCAGAGAAGUGUAGUUGCAUUCCUGGAGAGAGAUCCCUGCCCCUUCCUCUUUCUUCCUCCUCUUCCCUCCUGGUCUCCCACCCGGCGGCGGCAGAGAGGGAUUUUGAACCCGGGCUGCAGAUGCGAGGGGCUGCUGGCUCAAAGACACGCGUAGGCAAGUUGUGGAAAGGAGGCUCGGCGCAGAAUUCAGACGCAUUCGAAAGAGUUUGGAGUUUGUUGCCGGACGCACCGGGCGGCCAGACUUGAAUUCGAGGAAACUUUUCGGGCUACAGCCGUGUGGUGGUCAUGGGCUUCCAGCGGACACUCCGGGCCGGCCGGACAGCGCUGCUCCUGGCCGGGCUGCUCGUCGCUCUGGGGCAGCUUUGCGCCGCAAGUUGCCCGGAGAAAAACUUGGAGGACAGAGAGGAGGAAGCCAACAUAGUUUUGACCGGCACCGUGAAUGAAAUAAUGAACAUGGACCCGGUGCACAACACGUAUUCCUGCAAGGUGAGAGUGUGGCGCUACUUGAAAGGGAAGUCCAAUGUGAACCGUGAGAUUCUGCUGGAUGGCGGCAACAAAGUGAUGAUCGGUGGCUUUGGCAACCCUGGGAUCUGUGACAACCAAGUGGCAACGGGUGAUACUCGCAUAUUCUUUCUCAACCCUGCUUCUGAGUCCAUGGGGCCCGAACAUAAGAAUGAACUCAUGCUCAACUCAAGUCUGAUGAGGAUUACCCUGCGCAACCUGGAGGACGUGGAGCACUGCGUAGAAGCUCACAAAUAUAUCAUUGCAGACAAACCACCUCACUUCACACCGGCCCAGCCUCCUGAUGGCUGCAGAGGGAUGCUGUGUGGCUUUGGCGCUAUAUGUGCGCGUGACCCAUCUGACCCGGCCAAGGCUGAGUGUGUUUGCAAGAGAGUGGAAUGUCCGUCCCUGGUGGCGCCAGUUUGCGGCUCCGAUUCAUCCACCUACACCAAUGAGUGUGAGCUGGAGAAAGCUCAGUGCAAGACACAGCGACGCAUCAAGGUGCUACGCAAAGGACCCUGCUCUCUGAAGGACCCCUGCGCUGACGUGACCUGCAGCUACGGCAGCACCUGCGUCCAGUCAUCAGACGGCUUGUCGGCUAAAUGCAUGUGCCCUCUCGGCUGCGAGGGGAAGCCUGAGCAGACAGUGUGUGGCAGCGAUGGGAAAGACUACCGCAAUGAGUGUGAGCUCCAUCAACACGCCUGCAAUAACCAGAGGAACAUACGUGUGCAAUACCAAGGACGCUGCGACCCCUGUAAAGACAGUGAAAACAGCCUGAACGCAAUGUGCUGGGUGGAGGCUGUCACCCGCCAGCCCCUCAGGUUUGGCCCACCGGAGUCGUGUCCCCCAAAUAACGAGCCUCUGUGUGCCAGCGACGGCCAGACUUACCCCAGCGAGUGCGCCAUGACAGCCACGGGCUUCCAGAAGGGCAUCAAGCUCAAGAAGAUCCAUGCAGGACAAUGCAGAAAGCUGGUGGAGUGCAAGGAGGAGUGUCUCUUCAAUGCUGUGUGUCUGGUGGAACAGCUGAACGCCCGCUGCUCCUGUGAUCCCAUCGAGUGCGACGGCAUCUACAAGCCAGAGUGCGGCAAGGACGGUCACACCUACACCAACGAAUGUCUGCGACGCAAGGCGGAGUGUCUGAGCAAGACCCUCAUCCCCAUCAAGCACCAAGGGCCCUGUGAUCUCAACUUACCGAGCCCCUGUUUGGAUAAGGAGUGCGAUCAUGGGGCUAUGUGCGUGGUCAAGAACAACGAGCCAGUGUGCGAGUGCCCCGAGGCCUGUCCUCAAACGUCUGACCCUGUGUGUGGAUCCGACGGCCACAGUUACGGCAGCCCCUGCGAGAUGCGAGCAAUGGGUUGCGCCCUGCAGAAGGUCAUCCACAUCCAACACAAAGGACCCUGUGAUGAAGCUUGUGCCAACUGCUCUUUUGGGGCAAUCUGCGACGCCCAGAGCGGGCUGUGUGUAUGCCCAUCGGAGUGUGUGGAGUCCCACCAGCCUGUGUGCGGCAACGAUGGUACCACCUACAACAGUGAGUGUGAGCUGCAUGUGCGGGCCUGCACAGAACAGAUGGAGCUCCGAGUGGUCAGCCAAGGAGAGUGCAAAACAUGCGGCAACACUGUUUGUGCCUGGGGCGCCCGUUGUGUCCAGAAUAAGUGUGAGUGCCCGCAGUGCUCAGGCGAGGCCUACUCCCCAGUGUGUGGAAGUGAUGGCACCACCUAUGACAACGAGUGUGAACUCCGCAUGUCCUCUUGCAUUCAGAAGAGGAGAAUUGAUGUGGCAAAGCCUGGCAGCUGCGAUGAAGACUGUGGCUCAGGAGGCUCAGGCUCAGGUGCAGAGAGUUGUGAACAGGACCGCUGUCGCAUGUUUGGAGGCUCGUGGGACGAGGACGCCGAGGACGACCGAUGUGUCUGUGACUUCACCUGCAAAAGCGUACCUCACAACCAGAUUUGUGGCUCAGAUGGAAAAAACUACAGCAACGAGUGUGAGCUGAAGAAGACCAGAUGUGAGAAACAAGAGCACUUGUUGAUUCAGAAUCAGGGACCCUGCACAGUGAAUUCAGCCUUGCCUGUGCCUGAGCCGACAGCGCCCCAGCACUGCAGCCUCACUGUAUACGGCUGCUGCUCCGACUACGUGACGGCCGCCUUAGGGGUCGGACAGGCCGGAUGUCCCAGUACCUGUCAGUGUAACAUCUAUGGCUCCUACAAGGGGACAUGUGACCCAGCUACGGGGCAGUGCUCCUGUAAGCCGGGUGUUGGGGGUCAGAAGUGCGACCGUUGCGAACCGGGCUUCUGGAAUUUCCGAGGCAUCGUGACGGAGAAUAUGAGCGGCUGCACACCAUGUAACUGCGAUGCCACAGGCUCGGUACGGGAUGACUGCGAGCAGAUGUCGGGACUGUGCUCCUGCAAGACGGGAGUUAAGGGCAUGAAGUGCAACGUGUGUCCAGAUGGAAGCAAGAUGGGCAUGAACGGCUGCGACAAAGGUCCCGACGCCCCGACAUCUUGUGAUGAGUUAGAGUGCAAUUUUGGAGCUUCUUGCAUCGAGGUGAACGGUCAGGCCCACUGUGAGUGCCCCACACCUGACUGUGACCUGAAAAACAAAACUAAGGUGUGCGGCUCAGAUGGGGUGACCUAUGCCGACCAGUGCCAGCUGAGGACCAUCGCCUGUAGGCAGGACAAGAACAUCACAGUGCAACAUUUUGGACAGUGCACAGAAACCAUCAUCGAGCCGGCAGAACGACCCACCCCCAACCCACCUGCCACCAUCCCCAGCUCAACCGUUGCCGCCACCAUCACCACCGCCGCCCCCUUUCACACUAAUAAGGUGUGGGGUAUCCCGCCUCCGAGGACCACCCCGCCAGAGACCGUCGACCAGCCUCCGACCACCACCCCCUAUUCCACCCCCAUCCACAACCGAGUAAACUCCCGCCACUUCAUUCACACUCAGCCUCAGGCACCGCAGCCCACCGUUGCCGCCGCCACCACCACCACCCCAUCGCCUCGCAGCAGUCCUGCCCCCUCCACUGCCGCAUCCUCUUUUGAGGGUUCAGGCAGCGGGGAGCCAAGCGGGGACGACCAGACUGAAGAAGAGGAGGAGCGGGAAGAAGAAGCGGGUAGUGGCGUCCCCCCAGAGGCCAGUGGGUCAGAGGAGCCUGUCGGUCCUGUGCCGGCCAGCACCACUGAACCCACAGUCGUGGUCAGAUCAUCCUGUGACAACACAGAGUUCGGCUGCUGUCCCGACGGCAAGACACCGUCCAGCACUCCAGAGGGCACCAACUGUCCCUCCACCAUGAAGUUCAGCGGUUUCCUGCAUCUGGACCAGGUGGAGGGCCAGGAGAUUUUCUACACACCAGAGAUGGAGGACCCGAAGUCAGAGCUGUUUGGAGAGACAGCCCGCAGCAUAGAGAGCGCUCUCAACGAGUUGUUCAGGAAGUCGGAGGUGCACAAAGAUUUUAUGAGCGUUCGUGUCCGUAACCUCGCACCCAGCAACUCCAUCCUGGCCUUUGUUGAGGCCCACUUCAAACCAGACACCAGCUACACCGUGGACGACAUCGUUGGAGCCCUGCUGAAGCAGUUAAAGGCCUCCAAAGACACCAGCAUCUCCGUGAAGAAGCCAGAGGACGAGAAUAUUCGCUUCACCAAUUAUGGAAUGUCCACCAUCCCCAUCUUCACCACCACCACCAUGACAACCACGGAGUCAGCCACCACCGCGGCCCUCUCCACCACCACCACCACCAGGCCUCCGCCAACCUCCCCUUACAUCACCCGCCGCCCACCAGGCACCACCCGCAGGCCCUCCAGCAGUAGACGCACCACCACCACCUUGGCGCCGGUCACCACGCCACGCCCCGCCACCGCUGCCGCCGCCACCACCACCACCACGACCGUGCUGCCUCCAGCCACUACCAUCGCUCACGUCAGAGGCAGAACUCACCACAAGCCCCAGAAGCCCUGCGAGUCCCACCCCUGCCUCCACGGGGGCACCUGCGAGGACGAGGACAACGACUUCAGCUGCAAGUGCCCCGCUGGCCGAGGAGGCUCUGUGUGUGAGAAGGUGAUCAAGUACUUCAUCCCAUCGUUUGGAGGCCAGUCGUACUUGGCCUUCCAAACCAUGAGCGCGUACCACACAGUCCGCAUUGCCAUGGAGUUCAGAGCCUCUGAGAUGACCGGCGUCCUACUCUACAACGGCCAGGACGGCAAGAAGGACUUCAUCUCUCUGGCUUUGGUCAACGGCAGGAUGGAGCUCAAGUUUAACACAGGUUCAGGCACAGGUACACUUGGUCAGCAAAGUUCAGGUGAGUCAGGGCCGCUGCAUCAGCUGGUGGUGACUCGCAAUCGCAGAAACGCCAUGCUCAGCGUGGACAACGAACCACACAUCGAGGGCGAGAGUCCCCGCGGCACAGACGGCCUCAACCUCGACACCCACCUGUUCAUUGGAGGAGUGCCUGAGGACAUGGAGCAAGAUGUAAGGGAAAGGACAGGGGUGGCCACAGGUCUGGUGGGCUGUAUCCGCUUGCUGGAUGUCAACAACCGGGUGCUGAACCUGCAGGAGACUGGUGGCGACAGUCUGUACGGCAGUGGAGUGGGUGAAUGCGGUAACAACCCCUGCCAGCCAAAUCCCUGCAAGAACGGUGCUGCGUGCCAGGUCAAGGAGGCUGAGAUGUUCCACUGCAAGUGUAGCAAAGGAUUCUGGGGUCCAACAUGUGCUGACGUCCACGACCCAUGUGAGCCUAACAGGUGCCAUCCAUCUUCCCAGUGCCAGGCACUGCCCGAGGGAGGCUACAAAUGCGAGUGUCCCAUGAGACGUGAAGGGAGGCAUUGUGAGAAAGUGGCUGAGAGGAGAGGGGCUUACAUGCCACUAUUCAAUGGAGACUCCUACCUGGAGCUGAAGGGUCUCCAUCUCUACGGGCACGAUCUGCUUCAAAAGGUCAGCAUGACAGUGGUUCUCAUGGCCAAUGACUCCAAUGGUGUGAUCUUCUAUAACGGUCAAAAAUCGGAUGGAAAAGGAGACUUCAUCUCUCUGUCUCUCAAUGACGGAAUCCUGGUGUUCCGCUACGACUUGGGAAAGGGGCUCUGUGUGUUGUUCGUGUGAUUCAGGAGCAAGGAGGCAAUCCAGCUGAACGUGUGGAAUACCAUCAACCUGGAGCGCUCCAACCGCAAAGGAGAGAUCAUGGUGAACAAGAAGGACCCGGUCCGAGGAGAGGCACCAAAAUCACGCAAGAACAUGCACGUAGAUCUUAACCUCAAAGAGUCUCUUUUUGUCGGCGGAGUUUCUGAUUACAGUCGACUACCAAGAGUUGCUGCGCUCACAGAGGGCUUCAAGGGAACAAUCCAAAAGAUCAUUCUGAUGGGUACACCCAUCCUCAGGGAGGAGAACGCCUUGCGCUCCAGCAACGUAGCCAUGUUCCAGGACCACCCCUGUUCCCAGGAGCCCUGCCACAAUGGCGGCCGAUGCAACCCCCAGCUGGACACCUAUGAGUGUGUCUGCCUCAGCGGUUUCUCAGGGGUACACUGUCAGAAUACCAUCUACGAGAAGUCUGCAGGAGAGACCGAGGCCGUCGCCUUUGACGGACGGACGUUCAUUGAGUACCACAACGCUGUUACAAAGAGCCAACUGACCAAUGAGAUCCCAGAUCCCGAGUCUCUGGAGAACCCAUCUGACCAGAGUGAGAAGGCUCUGCUGGUGAACAAAUUUGAGCUGAGCAUCCGGACUGAGGCGACCCAGGGCCUGGUGCUGUGGAGCGGGAAGGGCGUAGAGCGCUCAGACUACAUCGCACUGGCUAUCGUGGAUGGACACGUCCAAAUGACGUACGACUUGGGCUCCAAGGCCGUGGUGCUGCGCUCCUCGGUGCGCGUCGACACUAACCGCUGGAUACGCAUCAAGGCCAGCAGAGCACUUCGAGACGGCUCUCUACAGGUUGGCAAUGAGGCAGCAGUAACAGGGUCAUCGCCUUUGGCAGCAACACAGCUGGACACAGACGGAGCGCUUUGGCUGGGUGGUCUGGAGGAGCUGGCGGUGGCCCGUCGGUUGCCCAAGGCCUACAGCACCGGCUUUGUUGGCUGCAUCAAGGACGUGGUGGUAGACGGUGUGGAUCUCCACCUGGUGGAGGACGCCUUGAACAGCCCCAAGAUUUUACACUGUUCCGCCGCCAAAUAGCCUGGCAGAGACAAAAUAUUGCAAGAAACGAAAUAAAGAAACCCUCCAUCCGCUCCCUCCAUAGCGCCCGUGUCUCCUGCUGUAAUUAUUUUCUAUUUUUGUAUACUUUUCAUCGCUUUUUAUAUGGAAAGAAAAUUGUUUUAAUUUUUGUUUUAUAUAUUUUGCUGUUUUUUUUUUAAUCUGCACCUCCAUUUACAGAACACAGUUUAUUUCCCUUUAUGGCCCCUCAAGUUUUUUUUUUUUUAAAAAGAGAUUUUUUUAUUUUUGUCGAUUUUGUUGUUCUAAAACAAACACCAAGUUUUAAAAAAUCAACCACGCUAUUUUCCCUUGCUCAUUACUUGAACACGGUGGACCUCGCUAAUGAUCUCUGGUUACUGCCUUGUCUUGGUGCCAUAUCUAUCAUCCACAUUCCCCCAAGCAUGGCCGAUACAUAUUGAAUAUAUGGCAUACAUUCCCUCGUGAGAGCUGGACGCAGUAUUUGUUGUAGCCGCUGUGUGCAGUUCGGUGACGCUGCAGCCAGCUAUCAUCUAUAGUCAAGAAACUCUGUAUUCAGUCCACUGUAUUUUCCUAAUGGGACUUUUUAGAUAUCAGUCAAGCUGCUACAGUGAGAAAGUACACAGUUGAAACUACUCGAUCAACCCCAUCUCACAGCGCCAAAAAAAAAAAAAAAAACUCUCCUCUCCUCUCUGAGUCCCAUCAGAGCCUUUAGUUUUGAAAUAUGACUCACUAACACUGCAACCCAACAUGAUGGAGAGAGUGCGCUGCGUUCCACAAUAACUCGCAUAUCAUUAGUCAUAAGUCAAGACAUGAAUCAUAGACAUUGAUAAAUGUUAUAAAUAUAGAGUAUAUAAAUAAUACCUGAGACUGUGAAUAUGUAAGGUGGGUUCUCUUUGGAGAAUUGUGCUUCUCAUGUACUAUUGUGCGUUCUGUUCUACAAUCAGCAGAUGAACUAAUGAUGACCACUAUAAAUGCAUGCACUUCUACAGUGUUGGUUUGUUUCUGGUUUUUGUUUGUUUGUUUUUUUCAUUCACAUUUAGUUCCACACAAAUUCUAAUUUGAAAAAUGUCACUGUUUUGGGCUUUUUUGCAUUGAUUAAUUCUUCUGCAUUUUUCUCUUGUUUCCACUGAUGUUAUUUCAGAAAGAGUUCAGAAUUAUGUUUGUUUAUUUCCUGUAUACGUCUUUUGUAUUUUUUCUUGGGAGCAGUUAGUUUUGCAGGACCUUAAAUGGUGCAUAAGGGAAGAGUUGUUACCAUAUCUGACCUUAAGGAGGCGCUGAAAGCAAAGACUGAAGACACAGCAAAGAGGCAAGGAGAGAGCUACUACUCUUGGGAACGUCCCGUCGACAGCAGUCAGUCAUCAGCACAAACACUACAAGAUUCAAAAAACUCUACCUGAGACUUAAUUUCAUUUUUGCAUUUCACCUUAGAGCAUUCCUGGAGGAAUCUAUUUUUCGGCUGUUGAGUGAGAGAGAGAGAGAGACUGUGAUGUUCUUGUGACCUUCUGAAGCCAUAACAGCCGCAAAAACUGGGGAAAGAUGCAUAAUCCUAGACUACUUGCAAGUUAACAUAGCAACGCAUGGGUUUCUAUUACUAGUGCGAAUUCUGUAACAUUCAGUGAACUGUUGCAACGUGGAGUCGUCUUUGCUGAACCACAAUAAGCUGCGAUGACUGACUUAAAGACACUCAUUUUGAUAUGAGAACCUUGGCAAUAUUCUAAGACUAAAUCAUGCCUGUUUGUGGUUGAGUAUCAAAUGGUCUUGUACGAUUUUUUUCUUAAGUUCUUAAUUUUGUUUCCCUCCUUAAAUCAUCAAGCAAUCUGUUUUUGUACAGCCCUGCAAUUUUUAAGUGUAAAUUUAGCAAAUGUGUGAUCUGUGGAGGUUUAUGUUUUUAGUAAUAUACACUGGAGCCAUGUCUGACUUGUCUGUUCACCCACACGAUGAUAUACUUCUGUACAUGGGGGAGGGAUAGCCCUAAAGCUACUACUAUGCUGGGUGUGUUCAGGCUCUGGGCGUCCGCACCAGACCAGGAAACCCUCUUCUGGUGUCUCUUUAAAUUCCAGCACUCACUCUGUUAACUUUAGACUGGUCUUAUUUUAACACACUGUUCUUUGAAUUUGAUCCAUUCAGGUGGUAACACUUAAAGACGAAGAGAAUCCUGUGUAUUUGGAUGGAGUCAUAAACAAUAAAGACAAUUGCAGUCUAUGGUUUGAGUGGAAACUAUGAAUUGCCUUAAAAACCGGUCACCUUGACUGUAAGCAGGUGACAAAGACAUCAUCCAUGUAACUGUUUCCUUACUUUAGCCAGUGUAUUAGCCUCAUCCCAAUGAUGUAAAUGAGUAAUACAUAAUAAUAAUGAUAACUAUAUUAGUAAUAAUGCUCAUAUACAAAAAAAUACCCCAGAGGGCCUCUGCAAAUGUCCCAUCUGGCUUUUUACAAAAAAUCUUCUAUUUACUGUUUUUUGAAUCUUUUUUCUGUUCCUUAUUUAUGUCUACAUGUGGAUUACCCUCCAUGUCUGGCCUCUGUAAACUACUGUCUGACUGCGCAAACCUCGUCAAAAGGCAGUGCACCGAGUAAGAGUGGCAUGACCUGAACAUUACUAACUUUAUGACCUUUGUCUUGUGUUCCUACCACCAUGAAAUAAAAUGUCAACCAAAUAAUGGAG